UAUUAUAAAUUUAAUAUUAUAGUGUGGCAGUCUUAUAAGAAACUUCAACUAUUGAAAAUCAAACUUGUGAUCACAACAAUAAACAUUCAACAUUUACUAAAUUACGAAUUAAUUGAAUAUAAUAAUUAUUACUCAAAUAAUGUUUUAGACACCCCUAAGAUAACUUUAAUAUCAAUAAUAUGUCCAGUACUCUCAAAAUUAUACAGCAGGAAAAUGUAAAUGGUGUCAAUUUAUCGUUAAAAGUCGAAAGUCGUUGUAAAUCUCCCAACUCUCAGAGAUUUACUAUAUCUUACAAAAAUGAAGAAAAAAGAUCUAAAUGGCCCUUGAAGUCAUUAUUUUUAGCUGUAAUUUUUAAUGUUUUAGCUUUAUUAUAUGUGCGUAUAAGUGUUCAGGCCAUGAUAAUUAUAAUUAUUGUUUUAUCAUUUUUGGUUUUUUUCUGGAUUACACAUAGUGUUCAGUCUGAAAGUGUUCUAGUCAUACCGACAGUGGGAGUACAGAGUUCAGUGAAAUAUGUUUUUGGUCGGGAAGAUUAUUUUGUACCAUGGACAUUUAUUGAUGAUAUUAUUAUUAAUGAAGUUAUAAAACUGAAUCGUGUGUUAUAUUUUCUUACACUCAUUGUUAAAACUGGCAGCUCAGGACAAGACACUGAGACGACAAAGCUAAUACCAUUGUUUAAGUACACGAAACCACGACUUUUAAUGUUGGAGACCAUAUAUAAAGAAUUACAAGAACUAUUGACGGCAUCAACAAAUGAAGCAAAGGAAGUGUAACGUGAAUUUUUGUUCAAUAUGGGCGUUUGUUAGUUAUAAAAUUAAAUAAGGUAACAAUUUCAAUGUAAUAUAAAGGUAAUAAGAUAAUGAUGUUUA